GCCUCAGUAAGACCCGUGCAAGCAGAGGGGUAGGGCGCAAACGAUGCUCCCUAAACCCUGACCGCUGGUGCAACUGCACCAGACUCCAUGGAACCCCAUGUCUCCCUGUCUGAAGCCUGUUUUGAUAUUAGCCAUGAUUUUCACCGCUGCUGCCUUCACGAUACUUGGAAUUUUUAUUUUCAGCCCUAUACAAAAGGUAGCGUCCGAGACACCCUGCCCUGACGGCCGGUUCUGCCCGCCUCACUGGUUGUGCUGCGAGGCAGGGUGCUGCGCCCCAGCCACAGCGCCGCCCAGGCGGGAGCAGGAGGUUAAGGAGGUCUACCGGUAUCCCUGGUAUGCGCAAUGGCCAGUUCUCUUCCUCCUCGGCACACUAGGCGGCAUCCUGAUCUGCUGCGUGUGGUGCCUAGUCUUCAAGCGGAGUUCACACCGCGUGUACAUGUGUUCACUGUCGUGUUGCACACGCCGGCCUGCAUCGGACCAUGAUUCUGCGGGCUCAGUGUAUCCACCGCCUAGGUAUAGCCGAUGCGGCUCGUUUCAUCAGGCUCCUCCGCCGUAUUCAGAGGUGACAAGCAAACCCGACUUAUUUCCAUUGGUCAUAACAUGUGAAGAAGGCGACGGCAAGUCCGGAGGAAAUUACCUGAUGCUCCAUUACUUUAGGAACUACGUCAUUCGGGCGCCAGGUUCUUUAUCAGCGACGAGUACUGCCGAAUCUCUCAACUCCAGUUUCAUAUGCAACGCAGCAAAUGAAGCAAAUACGGUCGUCCCGCCUCCGUAUUCCACGGACUUCGAGUCGUUCACCGGCUGCGGCCUGCUACGUUCGCUGUCCUCGCUAACAGAGAGAGAACCCCGUGCUCCUCCGAGAUCCCGCACCGUCCCCGAACCCGCACCCAGAGAAACUACAGCUUUCAGGGAAAAUCUGGUUACAUCACCCGUUCAACCCAUGCAGGAUCCCUCCUUCGAUUUAGAACUGGAGCUGAUAGACUGCGAAAUGUACUGCGACGGCGCCUGCAAGCCGCGGCUCGGCGCCUCGCCCCCCGCGCACCGCUCCCCCGCCCGCGACGACAACUACGAGCACGAGGCCUACGGCCUCCGCCACCUCUUCACCUGCCCCUCCACAGAGCUAGCCGGCGCCUGCGAAUCCCCCCCACAGCCAACAAGCCCUACACAAUCCAGAGAUUCCACCCUAAGGAGACCUAGCGACGAAAGAAGGCACCGGAGGAUAGACAGUUUGAAAAAGACUCCGAAGGCCAGGAAGACGAGCUUAUAUAUGCCUUUGUCAGUGGCUUAUCCCGUUAGGACUUCGAGAGUGUCGCCCGGGUCUAGAGUUUCGUCUAGGUCCGCGCCCGCCACGCCCUGUGGGGCUUUAGUGCCGAAUUUGCUUCACUUCAGCCAAAGAGUGUCGGCGACGAGGCAUGGCUCCCGCUCGUCUAGAUGUGAUGAAGAGAAUGAUCCACUCUUGGACGCUGAGACUGAGACGCGCACAGAUCACAAGUUUUAAUUUGACACGCUACGCUGCUAGACACUUUUUUACUUUUUAACCCAGUAGCUCGGUUAAUCGAUAUACGUGGAAGUUUUAAACGUGUGGCCUGACGGAUCCCCGACUGUUUUAUAACGCAGUUUAAUUGCGACCACUCUCUUCAGGCUCCUCUACACUGGCCCAGCGCGGAACCAGCGAGAUGGCCAUGCGAUGGUUAUGGCUCCUCUACACGAUGGCCCAGCGAGAUGGCCAUGCAUUGGUUGAGAGCCAUACUAUGGAAUGGGCCACGUGUAGAUGCAUACGCACCAUCGCUGGCCCACUACCUUUAAUGUGCGGGCGAAAAACCGACAUAUCGUGGCCAUCUCGCCUCGCCAUAAGCUAUCCGACACCACUACCAUCUCUAAACGCUGACCCAUCUUAGUGGGCCAGUAUGAUGGCCCAUCGUGUAGAGUAACCAUUCCACGUCAGUCCCUUUCGUUCGAUACUAUCGCCAAACAUACAUUAAACGAAAUAGAUUGACGCCGAUGAGAAAUCAUUGCGAUUAGGCUGGCGGUCUCCGUGUGACAAAGUCCCACAUUCUCAAUGUUGUGAAUGUCAAUUUUAUGCUCAUUAUUACCGUAGAGCGUUCUACGCAACUGUGUAGUUAGUUUAAAUGUUAUUCGAGAAUUAUGAUAUUAUUAUUGCAUUUAAAUUUAAGAAAAAGAGCUUGAUGGACCAUUGUUCACAUGCCUUCUAAAUAAGAACCUAAUAAUGC